UAUCACGAAAGCGCGCCACCGCGCGCGCACGCCUCUCUCACCGCUCGCAGGGCGUUUCAAGUGCUGCGGUACAGCCCUGCCGUGCCCAUUCUCGCUGCCGUCGAAGCUCGCGCGCGUCCGCUGCGUUUAUAGCAAGCCAGAGCCAAGCUAGCCCAAAAGCCAAUAACGCGAUGUCGCUCCGCGACAAGCUCGUCGCCUACCGCAAGCGCGUCGCCGACGGCAAGCCGGCCUUCUGCGUUUUUGAUAAUAAGACGAUCGACGCCAUCGUCGACGCCAAGCCCACGUCCGUCGCGGCCUUCGGCCGCGUCGCCGGCAUCGGCCCGACGAAGCGCGAAAAGUACGGCGAAGACGUCGUGCGCAUCUGCGCCGAGCACGGCGGCGGCGCUUCUGGAAAACCGCUCGGACCGUCGAGGCCGCGGAAGCGCGUCGCCCAACCCAGCAACGGGGGAGGCGCCCUCGAGGGCUUCUUCGCGCCGCGCGGCAAGAAGGCCAAGGUCGAGCUCCCGCCCGGGCCCGCGCCGCCGAAAAAAGAGGACCUCACGGCCGACCAAGUGCACGCCGCCGAGGUGGCUAUUGGAGGGCGCAGCGUCUUUUUGACGGGCGGCGCCGGCACGGGCAAGUCGUUUCUAUUAAGGUACAUCAUCUCCGAGUUGAGAAAAAAAUAUACUCAAGAGGGCGCCGUCGCCGUGACGGCGCCCACUGGUAUUGCAGCCCAACAUGUCGGCGGCGUGACGAUCCACUCGUGGUCGGGCAUGGGUUUGGGCAAGGGCCGCGUCGAGCAGAUCGUCGAGAGGGUAUCGAAGAGCGGGCCGGCGACGAGACGAUGGAACGACGCCCGCGUCUUAGUCAUUGACGAGGUGUCCAUGCUUGACAGCGAGUUAUUUUCAGCUUUAGAUGGCAUUGGGCGAAGGACGCGGAGAAACGAGACGGAGCCCUUCGGGGGCGUCCAGCUCGUCUGCGUCGGGGAUUUUUUCCAACUGCCGCCGGUAGAUCUCGGGGAGUACGGCAAGGGCUUCGCGUUCCAGAGCUACGCUUGGGGUAGAGUUGGACUCUCCCCAAAUGCACCUGGGUGUUUACUCCUCAAGCAGUCCAUCCGCCAGAGCGGGGACUCGAAAUUCGCUUCACUGCUAGAUGGAUUGAGGCAUGGGAACCUAUCCACCCAAGCGAAGGACGCCUUAGAUGCGUGCCAUGUGCGGUGCAAGCCCCCGCCGUCCGAUAACAUCGUACCCACCAAAUUGUACUGUACGAAUAGAAACGUCGACGACGAGAAUUUGAGGAGAUUGAAGGCCCUGCCUGGUACUAUCGAGCAGAUUUCAGCGAAAGACGACUGGCGCGGCACGCCUAAUUCAGAUGCGCGGCGCCAGUGCGAGGACAAAGCUUCGAAGAAUAAUGCCCCACCUAUAUUUGCGUGCAAGGUCGGUGCGCAAGUAGUAUUACUCAAAAACAUGCCCGAAUAUGGAUUAGUAAACGGUUCCCGAGGCGUCGUCGAGUCGUUCGAGCGGCGCAAGGUCACGACUCAAAGAGAAAACGUGGUCAUCAAGGACGCCGUCGUCCCGAUCAUAUCUUUCGAGAACGGCAUUAAAAGAUCGAUAGAGCCCGUGUCGCAGUGGUACCCGGCGAACACGUCCUCCGCCGCUCUUGUACGGACGCAAGUACCUCUGAAACUAGCCUGGGCAUUAACCGUACAUAAGAGCCAGGGCAUGACGUUAUCUCGCGUCGAGGUGCAGCUGGCGAACGCCUUCGAGUACGGCCAGGCCUACGUCGCGCUGUCGCGGGCGACGGACCUCCAAGGGUUGUGGCUGCGGGGCCCGCCCCUGGAAAAGAGCGCCGUCAAGGCCCACCCCGACGUGAAGAAAUUCUACGCGGCGCUCGAGCCGCCGCCGCCGUCCUCCCUGACGGAGGAGCAGCGCGCGCGCAUCGCGCGGAACAAGGCCGCCGCGCAAGCGAAGCGCCAGCCCGCCUUCCAGGCGCGGUCGGACCCGGCGCCGCCGCCUGCCUUUCAGGCGCGGUCGGCGCCUCCUGUGCCGCAAGCGCGCUCGGCGCCCGUGCCGCCGCCCGUGGCCGAGCCGGUUCAGGCGCGCUCGGCGCCCGCGCCGCCGCCGCCGCAAGCGCGCUCGGCGCCGCCUGCACCCGAGCCGUUUCAGGCGCGCUCGGGCCCGCCGGUACCGCCCGUGGCGUUCCAGCCGGCGUCGGUCGCGGCGCCCCCGGAGGACGAGUCGCCGCGCGCGACGUCUGCUGCAGUCGUGUCCGCGCCGCCGUCGUUGACCGACGAGCAGCGAGCUCGGAUCGCGCGGAACAAGGCCGCGGCGCAAGCGCGGCGAGGACGCAAGGACUCGGGCGCGUCGAACUCCUCGUCGUAA